AUGGCGGCCUGCCCUCGCCAGCACAGGGUCCCAGAGCACUGCAGCCGCUUCUCAAGAACCGGGUCUCGGAUUUCUGAAAUUGACCAGCUUCGUAAAUUGGAGCCUAUUCUCCCGCAGCAAAGGGCCCCAAAGCUGGUAUCGCAUUGUGCGACCAGCUGCUACGUCCUUCCUAGUCUUCUUCCCCCCAGCUCAGCCAUUCUCAGGAACCAGACAGCAUCCAUGGACUUAGGUGAGAGAUGGGCUGGGGAGAGCCAUGGGUCCUACCAGCCACUGACUGAGGGGCCCACAGCACAGAGUCCUGAGUUCCAUACUCCCAUCUGUGCUUCACUGGCGGCAGUCCUGCCCAAAUACAUCCUGGCUGUCCCCAGGACAGGCUGGGGAUCCCCAAUUGGCAGGAAGCCUCAGACUGGGGUCCCAGGAAGCCUAAAGGAGCCACAAGUGAGCUGGACACUGAAGCAGCAGGCAGAGUCCGGUGUUGGACCCCUCACAAGGAGCUCAGCUGACCGUGGGUGUCUCCCUGUGAUUGGAAGGGGUAAGGCGAGGACUCAAAGGCAGAACCUGCAGAGUGCCCCAGACGCCGACACCUGCGCAGUCAACCGACAAUCUCCCUGGCGCUGCUCCCUUGGGUUACUGUGUCUGGUGGAGCUGGUCACAGCCGGGCUGAGUUCCCGGGAGAAGAGGCUGGAGAAGGAGGGGCAGGCGGCCCCUCGACGAGGACACCGCUGGGAGCUGCCGGAACGGGCCCCGGGCUCUGCCCCCGCCCCGGUGCUGGCUCGAAGGCGCCCGCUCCCCAGGAACCCAGGCCCGCGGCUAGGGCUCCGAUUCUUGGGCUCUUCUCCGCGGUACACCAGACUAGAGGUGCCUAAUGACGACCAGCACCCGGCAGGCGCUUUCCAGUGGGGACAGUUCCCAGGGACCCUGGAGGGAGGGAAGGAGGGAAGACCUCCAGCGCUGGUGGCUUGGCGGGCGCUUCGGUGGAGCCGGGACGGGGUGCAACGGGGCGUAAGCCCAGGUGACCUGCUCCACGUCCUGCCUACUGCAGAGAAGGAGCGCGGCGGGGAAUCCAAGGGGCCUGAGGACAGUGGCACGGGAGGCACGGGCUGCGGCAGCGCAGACGACCCAGCCAAGAAGAAGAAGCAGCGGCGACAACGUACGCACUUCACAAGCCAGCAGUUGCAAGAGCUAGAGGCCACGUUCCAGAGGAACCGCUACCCCGACAUGAGCAUGAGGGAGGAGAUCGCCGUGUGGACCAACCUCACCGAGCCACGCGUGCGGGUCUGGUUCAAGAACCGGCGAGCCAAGUGGCGGAAGCGUGAGCGUAACCAGCAGCUGGACCUGUGCAAGGGUGGCUACGUGCCGCAGUUCAGCGGCCUGGUGCAGCCCUACGAGGACGUGUACGCCGCCGGCUACUCCUACAACAACUGGGCCGCCAAGAGCCUGGCGCCAGCGCCGCUCUCCACCAAAAGCUUCACCUUCUUCAACUCUAUGAGCCCGCUGUCGUCGCAGUCCAUGUUCUCGGCACCCAGCUCCAUCUCCUCCAUGACCAUGCCGUCCAGCAUGGGACCAGGCGCCGUGCCUGGCAUGCCCAACUCGGGCCUCAACAACAUCAACAACCUCACCGGCUCCUCGCUCAACUCCGCCAUGUCGCCGGGCGCCUGCCCGUACGGCACUCCCGCCUCGCCCUACACCGUCUACCGGGACACGUGCAACUCGAGCCUAGCCAGCCUGAGGCUCAAGUCCAAACAGCACUCGUCGUUCGGCUACGGUGGCCUGCAGGGCCCGGCCUCGGGCCUCAACGCGUGCCAGUACAACAGCUGACCGCCCCGCCGCACCACGCGGGCCGGCUGCCGGCACAGGGAAGGGCUCGGGCGCGGAGGACGCACGCGGGGCCCCCGGCUCGCAAGCCCCGGCUCACCGCUUUGCGGACCUCGCGCCUGCGCAGCCCCCUCCUCCCACUUCCUACUCUGGGUUGGUUUUGUGUUUGCUUUUCCGGAUCCCACUCUGCCCUCCAAAAAGACAAAAAAAAAAAACAAAGCAAAAAGACGUCGGAGAAAAGUGCCGCGAAAAAAAUGGAUGAGUUGCAAUUUCCCUCGGGAUGGCGCGGGUGGUGUGUGUGUGUUCCCACGGGCCCCGGAGGCCCACUCCGCGGAGGGGACGCGGCGCGGUAGGCGAGCGGGGCCCCUCCCCCGGCGGGAUGCCCAGCGGCCGGGGGAGGACGCCCUCGUAGCCCGCGUCCCCGCCGCGCUGGACCCAUACUGAGCGGCCGGGCCUGCGGACUGGAUGUGUGGGACCUGGACUUGCCUGGGAUUUCCCGACCCCGUACAAACCAAGAUGCCCUCUCCAAGCUGGGCCCGGCCGAGAGCGCCUUAGCUCAAGUCGGGAUCCACGUUGGGGCAGGCGUUGGAUUGGGGGUGACGGUGCCCCAGCCCAGGAUCCGGCACUUGGUGGAGCCGCACUCGGCUCCGGCGCGCCUGGUAGAGCCCCGCUGGCCCUGCGCCCCGGAGCCCUAUAUUGAGGCCACGGAGCGGCAGCGGGCAGUGCGGACCUGGCGGGAGGAGGGGGAGGUCCGUCUCAGAACACCCCCAGCCUCGAGCUUAGCCGCAAGCCCAGGCCCUCUGCUCUGCUCCCGGGCUAGGAGGCGGCCCCCUGUCUGGGCGAACAGUCCCCUCCUCACCGCCCGCCGUGCAAGAGUCGAGCCGGUAGAGCAAGGGGCGCGGCCCCAGGGCCCUGCGCCCACUUUGCACACCCGCUCUCCGGCCCGCGCCCCUGUUUACAGCGUCCCUGUGUAUGUUGGACUGACUGUAUAGAAUUAUAAAUCUGUCUAUAUCGACUUGUCCAUGUACGUCUAUUAAAACCAUAGUCCGAGCGUGCUAAGCA